AUGUGUGCUUUUAUUGAUUAUUAAUGUUAAUCAUUCAUUGAAAUCUAAAAUUCUAAUAAUUGUCUUGAUUACAUCAAUCAAAAUGCAUGUUUAUAAUAAANAACAACUUAAACACAGCUUUCUACUUUAGAUUGUAAAGACUAUUUAAAUUAUUACACAUGUGUAAACCUAUAAACACCAUUAUAAUAUUGUUAAUAUAUCAAUAAUAUUUGUUAUGAAAAAGAUUGGUUUACAUACUAAAAUUAGUCAUGUAAAACAAUAAAAAAUAUCAAUCAUGGUAAUUUUUGUUAAGUUACUACUGAUAUUGGUUGUAAAUAUGAUAUAAAUACUAAAAAUUGUGUAGAAGUAAUUGAUGGUGAGAUUAUUUAAUGUUAAAUUGGAAGUUUAUACCAUAUUGGAUAUAAUAUUAUAGCAUGUGGUAAGAGUCAAAAUUGUAUAUUUAUUGAUAAAUGUCAAUAAUUUGAUGAAAAUAAUUUAUAUUAUUGUUAAUAAGCUAUUUCUAUAGAAAAUUGUAAAAAUGUAUUAUUAGAAGGAUGUUAUAGAAAUUCUUAAUAACAAUGUUCUUUAAUAACAAGUGAAUUAUAAAAAUCAUUAAAUUGUUCUUAAAUUGAAAAUAAAGUAGGAUGUUUAUAAUUAAAAACAAAAGAUUAAAAUUGUAGAUAUUAUGAUAAUAAAUGUUAAAACGAAAAUAUUUAAGAUUAUAAAAAUAGUAAAUGUAGAGAUAUAAUUAUGAUAAAUUCAUUUGAAUUUUGUGAAUAAACAAGAGAUAUAGAAUGUAAAUAUGAUCCAUUAAAUAAUGCUUGUAUUUAUGCAAAUUUAGAAUAAUAAGAUUUAACAUGUCCAAGAGGAUUAAAUAAAUUAGCAUGUAUACCUAAUAAUUCAAAUUCUAAAUAAUGUUAAUUCUUUAAUUAUUGUUAUGGUUAAAAUUAAGAUAUAUUAGAUUGUGAUAUUAAUGAUAUUGAAUGUUGUUAAAAAGCAUUAACUAUUGAAUCUUGUUUAUUUUAAACUAAAUUUAAAUGUUAAUGGAAUAAUUAAUGUACUCAUUAUAAUUAAUAAUAAUCAAAUACAAUUUUAUGUAAUUAAAUAUAAAAUGCAUCAAGAAAUGUAUGUUAUUCACUUAUUGAUAAAUUUUGUAUUUUUGAUUAAAUUAAUUUAAAAUGUUAAGAAAUUAUUCCAUUAACAUGUGAUUAAGUAUAAAGUUAAGAAUAAUGUAAAAGAAUUCCUAAAAUACCAUGUUAUUGGAAUUAAAAUGAAUGUUAAUUUAAAAAUAAUAAUAUUUCAGAUUCAUGUGAAUAUAUUACUUAAAUGCAUGGUAAUUAAAAAGCAUGUAUUUAAGUAUAAAGAUAUGGAUAAAUGUGUGCUUUUAUUGAUUAUUAAUGUUAAUCAUUCAUUGAAAUCUAAAAUUCUAAUAAUUGUCUUGAUUACAUUAAUCAAAAUGCAUGUUUAUAAUAAACUAUAUCAUAAUGUUAUUGGGAUAUAAAUGUAAAUAAUGAUAGUAAUUCUUCAGAUAAUUAAUGCAAGUCUUUUGAAUAAUAAGAUUCAUAAAAAUGUGAAAAAAAUCUCAGCUAUUUAUCCUGCUUAAGCAUUAUAACAAAUAAUACUUAUUGCUAAUGGAUAAAUGAAUAAUGUGAGUCAAUUACAAGUGAUAUUAAUAAUAAAUUUGUUUUGAAUACUACUUCACAAGUCAAUAUUCAUGUUUGUAGUUUAAUUACUGAUACAAAACCUAUUAUGUAUAAUAAAAUCAAUAAAAUAUGUUAAGAAGUAACUGAUUUUGAUAAAUUAACUUGUAAUCCUCCUUUAAUGGGAAUUAAUAUGUACUCUUGUAUUUAAAUAAAAAAUGAAUUAUGUUUUUGGCAUUAAAAAACUUAAACUUGUAAAGCAAUAAUAAAUUUAAAGAAUAAGAUUGCUAAAUAAGAAGAACUUAUUUAGACCACUUGUUAAAUAAUAGGACGUACUCCAACAUCUUGUUCUCUAUUGAAUUUUUAAAUGCCUUGUGGGGGAUCUUAAGUAGGUUGUGAUUAUGUUAAUUUAGAGACAGCUUAAUGCAAUUAAGUAGGUUUAAAUAAAUAUGCAUGUCUAAAUUUAACUAGUUAAUCAUGUAAAUGGGUUUUAAAUUAAAAACUUAAUAUUUAUUAAUGUUAAGAACAUACUCCUUUUGGUUUAUGUUCUGAAUAACCAUAAUAAGUAAAUGCAUUAGUAUGUUCUUUGGUUGGUCAUAAUGAUCCAUGUACUUAUAAUAAAUAUUCAAAUUCAUGUUAAUGGCCAUUAGAAUAGGAAGAAAGUUGUGAUAUGAUUGGAUUAAAUUAAUAUGGUUGUGCUUAGAUUGAGAAUUGUGUAUUUUUUAAUGGAAAAUGUAUAAAAUUCAAUGAAGAUUUAAAUUUGAAUUGUAAAGAUGCAGAUAAAGCUCAUUAUAAGGUUUGUGCAUAAAUAAAAAGAGAUUAAUGUAAGUAUAGUGAAUUAAAAAAAGGAUGUAUAUCUACUGAUUUAUAUGAUGGAUGUUAAGCAAAAGGCAUAAAUUAAUUAGGAUGUAAUGCAAAAGAUCCAAUGUGUUCUUGGGUUGAAAACAAUUGUGAGUGUGUAAAAUUAUUAAAAGAGAAAAUACCUUGUUAUCAAAUUUAAAAUCAUUAUGAUUUUUAAAAAAGGAAUGAUUGUUAUUAUGUUAAUUCUUAUAAAUCAAAUAUUGAUACAGAUCUAAUAACAUUAGGAAAUUAAGGUAGAUGCAAAGAAAAGUAAUGUAGUGAUAGGAGUAAAAGUGAAUGUGAAGGUUAAAUAGUUUAUGGACAUAUUUGUUAUUUAGAUAAGUAAGAUAUAUGUUAAUCAGCUCAUGAUUGCAAGGAUAUUAAAAAUGCUGUAUAAUAAUGUUCAAAUUAUUUAAUAAAAGAUAGUCCUUGUAUGGAGAAUAUAAAUAAUGUUGGUGAAUGUGAAAUAUUAAAAAAUUGUUAAUAAUUAGAUAUGAUUAAUUGUUAAAGGAAUCUAGAUUAUUGUAUUUAUAAUAGUGAUAAAUGUAUGAAUAAAUAAUGUAUAAAUUAUAUGGAUGAGAAUAAUUGUCCUAAAUUAAAUUGUUAUUGGAAUUAUAUUAAGAAAAGAUGUUUAGAACAAAUUAGUUGUGAAUUAAAUGAAUCAGAAAAAGUUUGUAAUGAAAGUCAUAAUGGAAAUUAAAAAUGUGGAUGGUUUAAAUUAGAUGAAAAUUAACAUGUUUGUACAUCUGGAUGUAGAUAUCUAUAUUAAGCUUCUGUUAAUUGUUAGGGUACUCAAAUUAGAGAUUCUGUUUGUAUUAAUUAUAAAGAUGUUUGUAUUCAAUGUGAAGAAAUUACAGAUUCAUGUCUUUGUUUGGAAUAAUAGGAAUAUUGUACUUAUGAUAUUAAUAGAAAUAUAUGUUAAUCUAAUGGAUGUUAAAAUUAUAAUUAGGAUACUUGUCCUACUUUAAGAUGUUAUUUUAAUUUAAAUAAAUAUGUAAUUAAUUUUAAUUUAUUCAUAGAUUUGCAUACAAUAAUGUAGAUUCAGAUACAAUAAUUAGGAAUGUGAACUAUUGAAUGAUUGCUAUUGGGAUUAUAUAGAAAACUAAUGUCUUGAAUAUUACAAAAUUCCUUAACCUACAGUAGUAAAUCCUUCAAUUAUUCCAAUAGAAGAAUUAUUAAUCAAAGCUCUUUUAGUAUUUAGUUUAUUAGGAAUAAUAUGA